UAUUUUAUAUCCAAGAGUUAGAUCGAACACGUGUGUUUAAGUCCGUUUUGACAUUUCAGAAUAUUUAUUUCUACAAAUUUUAUUCUUAUUUUAAUUAUCAAUAUUAUUAUAUUAUUUUUCUUUUCUUGUGAUUUAAAUAUGACAGUUGAAUUAGGUUUCAUAAAGAAAUCCGAGCCGUGGCAAUUGGAGAGCAGAUUUUUUCCCAGUAAAGCAGGUGGUAAACCAGCCUGGCUCGAUUUGAAACAUCUUCCUGAUAAAAGUGACCUGGAGUGCGAGUAUUGCAGUGAUCCUUGCUUAUUUCUAUGCCAGGUCUAUGCACCAUACGAAGAAGAUGCCAAUGCAUUUCACAGGACUAUUUAUAUUUUUAUAUGUAAAAAUGCAGGCUGCUGCAAACCGAAUCAAAGUGGAAAUUUGAAAGUUUUUCGAUCACAGUUGGGCAGAGACAACAUUUUUUAUCCAAUUGGAGCACCUGUUGAUCAGGAGAAUUGGGGAAAAGAUAUUGAUAUAUCAUUAUGGACCAAAACAUGUCGCGUAUGUGGGAUUUUGGCACAUAGUCGAUGUGCCAAAUGUAAAGUUACUAAUUAUUGUUGUCGUGGGCAUCAAACAUAUGAUUGGAAGAAUGGACAUAAAUAUACAUGUGGCAUUAAAGAAAAUAAUGACAACAGUUUUUUGUUUCCCCAAUAUGAAAUUACAAUAACAUUCGAUGAUUCUGAUGAAGAAGAUAUGGAGCAAGGUGAUUUAAAAACUGAACAGAUAGAAAUUGAAAAGUAUAAUGAGAUGGUCCGGAAUGAUAAAGCUGGAACUCUUCAACAUGAAAAUGUUAAUGAUGAUUUACUACAGAUGGCUAGUAAUGAAAAGGAUGAAACAUUUACAGAGUUUCGUAUGAAAAUAGACAAUUACCCAGAUCAGAUUUUAAGGUAUGACAGAGGAGGAAAAAUUUUAUAUAUUUCGUCACAUAAUCAAGUAACAAAUAUACCAAAAUGUCCAGAAUGCGAUGGUGAUAGGCAAUUUGAAUUUCAAAUAAUGCCACAGCUAUUAAAUUUCCUCAAUUUCAAAGACAUUGUCAAUUGCCUUGAUUGGGGAAUAUUGGCUGUUUUUACUUGUAAAAAAUCUUGUAUACCUAAAGAUAAAUAUGUAAAAGAAUAUAUAUGGAAGCAAGACAUUGUACAAGAAGAAACAGAAUCUAAAAUAAAUCAAGACAGAUAAAUAGAUCAACAAUUGUUUUAUUACUUGGAUAAACAACUGUAUUAUAAGGCGAUACAAAGGAAAUUAUUUUAUUUUAAAAUAAUAAGUCUAA